AUCCAGGAGCCAAGCGAAGCUUCCAGAGCCUCCCCACCUGUGGCACCGAACCUCCCACAACCGCUCAGAGGGCAAACACAGCGACCAGGAGUGACAUUUCGGGGCGAUGGUGCCCUUGGGCAGCCCCACUCUCGCCGUCUGCGCCUCCAGCAACCUGCGCCUCGUGGCCCCCGGCCGUGGCUCCCCCCUGGCCUGGCUGAACCGGGGUUCCGAGUGCCCAGGGGAGCCGGGGGGCAGCGGGGGCCGGAGACCGAGCGCCGUGGAGCGGCUGGAGGCCGACAAGGCCAAAUACGUCAAGUCCCAGCAGGUCAUCAGCCGGCGGCAGGAGCCGGCGCUGCGGGGCUCGCCCCGGCUGUCCCCGCUCGGCCGGCGCCUCCUCGCCCGCCAGCAGUGCAAUGAGCUGUGCCAGGGCUCGGAGCUGGGCCGGGAGGGGCCCAGGAAGCUGCCGUGCCCCCCGUCCCCCGUGUCGCGCCGCAGCGGCAGCAGGCGCCUGCUGAGACCCGACUCCCUCAUCAUCUACCGGCAGAAACGGGAUUGCCUGGGCGGGGACAAGGAGAACGCCAAGGGCUCCGGGCUGGUGCGACGCCUCUUCCAGGGACCCCUCAGGGACAAGCCCCCCAGCUCCCCGCCAGCCAGGGGGCUGGGCGAGGGACCACCACCCCCGCAGAGUCCCGAGACCCCCAUGCUGUGGGCGCCUGUGGAGAAGGAGGAGGCGAGGACACCGGGUGCCAGCAGCAGCAGCGGCAGCGGUGGCACCUUCCCCGUGCCCGGCAGUCCCCCGGCAGAGCCCCCGCAGCCCCCAGGGAAGCAGGCGCUGGCCCUGCGCGUGUCGCUGCCGCUCUCGGAGCAGGAGAGGUUCUUCAACUACUGCGGGCUGGACCGGGCGCUGGUGGAGCUGCUGGGGCGGGAGCGGUUCGGGCCGGCGGGCUGGGACAGCGCCUCGGCUCGGCUCCUCGGCUCCUGCGAGUCGGAGCCCGGGCGGGCCUCGGGGGGCAGCGAGGGGGGCGCGGGGCCGGGCGAGGAGGAGCCGGAGGAUGCCCGGCUGGGCUCCGCCGUCUCGGUGGUGGAGCGCAACGCCCGUGUCAUCAAGUGGCUCUACGGCUGCCAGAGGGCCUGGGCGGCCGCCAAGGAGUCCACGGUCUGAGCAGAGACGGCCCGGCCGGGAUGAGGACCCCCACUGUGACUCCUGCUGGCUGGACAUAUCCCCUCACCCUUGCUGGAUGUGGCAUCCACCGUCCUGGUGUGCUGGGAAUGCUGCAGGCUGGGAAGGCCACCCCGGACUACCCCGGACCCCAGGCUGAGUGUGGUGGGGGCACCUGAGGGGCAGGUGGGGAAGGGGCUCCCCUGGGUGAGUCUCUCCGUGGCCUCAGGGCUGGAGGGCUGCCGUCCUCCUGCUGUCCCCCAUCUUCUCCAUCCUCCCUGUCCCCCCAGCCCAGGGUGGUGGGAUGGUCCUGCAGCCCCCACUGACCACCCACACCCUGCUCCAGCUGCAGGCUGGGGGUGUGGGCAGAGCCCAAGCCCCUCAUGGCAGGCAGUGCACACACCACACCCCCUCCUCCCCAGAAGAGGGGCUGCUGGGGCCAG